GCGCACAGGGAGGGAGCGCUGCGCUGCGCCCGGGCUGCGCAUCGCGGCCCACUUGCCGCCUGUCCCCUGCCCUGGCUGGGCCACCUCCCCGGGCUGCCGGUGGAGGGCUUCGAGGCGCUAACGUUACGCUGUUUCCGGUUUUCCAGAGGGCUCUGUUUCCCCUCCCAAGGCGGCGGCGGCUGAGCGGCGGAGCCCCCCAAAUGGCCUGGCCAGAUGCGGCAGGUUUGCUGCUCAGCGCUGCCGCCGCCACUGGAGAAGGCUCGGUGCAGCAGCUACAGCUACAGCGACAGCAGCAGCAGCAGCAGCAGAAGCAGCAGCAGCAGCAACAGCAGCAGCAGCAGCAGCACCACCACCACCACCACCAGCAGCAGCAGCAGCAGCAGCGAGAGCAGCGGCAGCAACAGCGGCGGCGGCAGCAGCAUCUUCCGUCCCGCUGCGCCCCCAGAGCCGCGGCCGCAGCCACAGCCGCAGCCCCGCAGCCCCGCAGCCCGGAGAGCCGCCGCCCGCUCGCGAGCCGCAGCCGCCGGCGGCAUGAGGCGCGACCCGGCCCCCGGCUUCUCGAUGCUGCUCUUCGGUGUGUCACUCGCCUGCUACUCGCCCAGCCUCAAGUCGGUGCAGGACCAGGCGUACAAGGCACCCGUGGUGGUGGAGGGCAAGGUACAGGGACUGGCCCCGGCAGGCGGUUCCAGCUCUAACAGCACCCGAGAGCCGCCCGCCUCGGGUCGGGUGGCGCUGGUGAAGGUGCUGGACAAGUGGCCGCUCCGGAGCGGGGGGCUGCAGCGGGAGCAGGUGAUCAGCGUGGGCUCCUGUGCGCCGCUCGAAAGGAACCAGCGCUACAUCUUUUUCCUGGAGCCCACCGAGCAGCCCUUAGUUUUUAAGACAGCCUUUGCCCCGGUCGACCCUAACGGCAAAAACAUCAAGAAAGAGGUGGGCAAGAUCCUGUGCACCGACUGCGCCACCCGGCCCAAGCUGAAGAAGAUGAAGAGCCAGACAGGAGAGGUGGGUGAGAAGCAGUCGCUGAAGUGUGAGGCAGCGGCGGGGAACCCCCAGCCCUCCUAUCGUUGGUUCAAGGACGGCAAGGAGCUCAACCGGAGUCGUGAUAUCCGCAUCAAGUAUGGCAAUGGCAGAAAGAACUCACGGCUACAGUUCAACAAAGUGAAGGUGGAGGAUGCUGGGGAGUACGUCUGUGAGGCUGAGAACAUCCUUGGGAAGGACACUGUGAGGGGCCGGCUCCAUGUCAACAGCGUGAGCACCACUCUGUCAUCCUGGUCGGGGCACGCCCGGAAGUGCAAUGAGACAGCCAAGUCCUACUGUGUGAAUGGAGGUGUGUGCUACUACAUCGAAGGCAUCAACCAGCUCUCCUGCAAGUGUCCUGUGGGAUACACCGGGGACAGGUGUCAGCAGUUCGCAAUGGUCAACUUCUCCAAGCACCUUGGAUUUGAAUUAAAGGAGGCUGAGGAGCUGUACCAGAAGAGAGUCCUGACAAUUACUGGCAUCUGCGUGGCUCUGCUAGUUGUGGGCAUCGUCUGUGUGGUCGCCUACUGCAAGACCAAAAAACAGAGGAGGCAGAUGCAUCACCAUCUCCGGCAGAACAUGUGCCCAGCCCACCAGAAUCGAAGCCUGGCCAAUGGGCCCAGCCACCCUCGGCUGGACCCUGAGGAGAUCCAGAUGGCUGAUUACAUCUCCAAAAAUGUGCCAGCUACAGACCACGUGAUCCGGAGGGAAGCUGAGACCACAUUCUCUGGGAGCCACUCCUGUUCACCUUCUCACCACUGCUCCACAGCCACGCCCACCUCCAGCCACAGACAUGAGAGCCACACGUGGAGCCUGGAACGUUCAGAGAGCCUGACCUCGGAUUCCCAGUCAGGCAUCAUGCUAUCAUCAGUGGGCACCAGCAAGUGCAACAGCCCAGCCUGUGUGGAGGCCCGGGCACGGAGGGCAGCAGCCUACAGCCAGGAGGAGCGACGCAGGGCUGCCAUGCCACCCUACCACGACUCCAUAGACUCGCUACGUGAUUCCCCACACAGUGAAAGGUACGUGUCAGCCCUGACCACGCCCGCGCGCCUCUCUCCCGUGGACUUCCACUACUCGCUGGCCACGCAGGUGCCGACUUUCGAGAUCACGUCGCCCAACUCCGCGCACGCCGUGUCGCUCCCGCCCGCCGCGCCCAUCAGCUACCGCCUGGCGGAGCAGCAGCCGCUCCUGCGGCACCCGGCACCCCCCGGCCCGGGCCCAGGGCCGGGGCCCGGAGCGGACAUGCAGCGCAGCUACGACAGCUACUACUACCCAGCGGCGGGGCCCGGGCCGCGGCGCGGCGCCUGCGCGCUGGGAGGCAGCUUGGGCAGCCUGCCCGCCAGCCCCUUCCGCAUCCCGGAGGACGACGAGUACGAGACCACGCAGGAGUGCGCGCCCCCGCCGCCGCCGCCGCGGCCGCGCACGCGCGGCGCGUCCCGCAGGACGUCGGCGGGGCCGCGGCGCUGGCGGCGCUCCCGGCUCAACGGGUUGGCGGCUCAGCGCGCACGCGCGGCGCGGGACUCGCUGUCGCUGAGCAGCGGUUCGGGCUGCGGCUCGGCGUCCGCCUCGGACGACGACGCGGACGACGCGGACGGGGCGCUGGCGGCCGAGAGCACGCCUUUCCUCGGCCUGCGAGCGGCGCACGACGCCCUGCGCUCGGACUCGCCGCCGCUGUGCCCGGCGGCCGACAGCAGGACUUACUACUCCCUGGACAGCCACAGCACGCGCGCCAGCAGCAGACACAGCCGGGGGCCGCCCACGAGAGCCAAGCAGGACUCGGGGCCCCUCUAAGGUCCCCCUCGCCUCGCCUCGCCUCGCCCGCCCCACGUCUCCAAGGAGAGCGGAGACCACCGACUGGAGAGGGAAAAAGGAGCGAACAAAGAAAUAAAAAUAUUUUUAUUUUCUAUAAAAGGAAAAAAAGUAUAACAAAAUGUUUUAUUUUCAUUUUAGCCAAAAAAAAAAUUGUCUUAUAAUACUAGCUAACGGCAAAGACGUUUUUAUAGGGAAACUAUUUAUAUGUAACAUCCUGAUUUACAGCUUCGGAAAAAAAAAAGAAACAACAAAAAAAAGAGAGAUGGGCCAAUUUUUUGACUCUUUAAUAGAAACCUAUAUUGUGGUGCCUUUUGCUGUACGCUAAUCUGGGGCUCCUGGAGAGCCAUCUGGGGUGCAGUGUGAGGGUGGGCGCUUGUAGGAUCCCAAACUGGUGGGGGGGCGAGAAAAGGCAGGGAAAGAAGAGACUGUGAGGUUCUAAUGGCUCUGAGGGUAGUGAACGAUGAGGAAGAAAAUGAAGAUAAGACGGAAUCUUAUCUUCUCCAGUCGUGAGCGGAGAGGGCAGGGAUCCUAGCCUUAGAGCUGGAAUUGAGACUGGGUUCUUUCCAGGGGGAGACACAGGACCCCCCCGCUACAGCAACUAGAAUGGGGAAGGGUCCUCCCCAGCCCUCACAGCUAGCUGCUAAGAAAGAGGACAGAGAAGGCUGUCUCCCCACCAGCCCCUGGCCUAGGGAGGGGGCAGCUCUACCAGGGGCCCAACCUUCACGGCUCCUCCUCCCCUGCGGCCUCCAGGACACCCUCUGUCCUCUGCAGCACCUUCGUUUACAGGUCGUCUUUUCUAUUUUACGCCUGCAUGUCCUUUGCAUUUCAGAUUCUUUAGAUUGAAUGCAUGGUCACGCUGGGACCCAGAAGAGCCACUCCGACAGUGUAUUCGAUUCCCCUUUUAGCAAUAAAGUAACAACACCAUAUCCUUCUCACAGCCCAGCUCCCAACCCACCUAUGACUUCCAUCUUCCAGUCCUGCCCUCCCCAGCCAGCCCUCAAAACUGGAUCCAAUGCUAAUUUGUCAAAAAAAAAAAAAAAAAAAAAAAAAAAAAAGGCAAUUGUCUAAAAAGCAAACAAAAAUCCCAAACAGAAACAAAUGGGAACCCUGACAUGUCCGAACACCUGACUGUUGACACUUGAACAUUUUUAUAUUAUAAAUAAAAUCAGAAAUAACUCCUG